AUGGACUUCCACUGCCCCAUUUGUCAAUCGAUUCAUAAUACAUUUAAGAGGCUAAAAAAACACAUAGCAAGAAGACAUUCGGAACAUGAAGUUUUUGAAUGUCAUUUUUGUGAAUUCAUCACCAUGAAGGAAAGGGCUUUGGCUAAGCACAAAGAAAGGUCUCAUCCUGAUGAAAAAUUUUCAUGCAAUAAAUGUGAGUUCUCUUCAACAACAUGGAAAAAGAUACAGAAGCACUACUCCAAUAUUCAUGCAGCCAAAAUAGAAGCCAUAGAAUUGCGAAUGAAACAUCGUGAGAAGGAACAGACGCAUGAAGUCUUUCAGUGCCUGUUCUGUGACAUGUUUUGUUCCAAGAGAAAUAUUUUACUUCGGCACAAAGUAAGUGAGCACCCACAGGACAACUUCGUUUGUAAUCAGUGUGAGUUUUCGUCACAAAAGUGGAACAAAAUGAAAGAGCAUUUUCUGAGGGUUCAUUCAGAAGUUGAGAGUUUACAUAUACCAAUGAGAAAGCUCUUGAUUAGUGACAAGCAGAAGCAAAGUACAUUUAUAUGCAAUUGUGGAAUGAUGGCUUUGAAUGAAACAAUAUUUAUGGAGCAUAAAGAAAAAGUUCAUCCUCUUGAAAAACUGAUUUGCAGCCUUUGUGAAUUUUCAACAAAAAAAUUGCAAAAGUUGUGUCAACACAUGUCAAACAUUCACUCAAAAACCAGCUCCUUUUCUUUUAAGAUGGCAGCACCACUCUCAGAAAGCCAGGUAGAGGUGGGAUCUGACCCAGAGAUCUUUCAAGGAAAUGUCUCAGCUCGAAGAAAAAGAAAGUUGGAACCGGACAGCUGUGCUAGGAAUGGAUCGAUAAAGAGAUUAAAGGUUUCAGAGUUGCUGGACUAUAGUAACAAAGAAUCAACUGUCAGUAUCAUAACAAGCAAUGUAAACAUUAUGGAGAAAUCCAAGCCAUCACCUCCGGGAGGCACAGGGAAUGUAUCUAUGAUAGAGGAGCAAAUUUAUAAUUGUGAUACUUGUCCUUUUUCCACCCAAGAAAAAAAUUCUUUUUUGUUUCACAAGAAAUCCCAUAUUUCCUCAGGAAGUAAGAGCAAACGUUCUCAUGAGUCAUUGAAUGCUUCUCUUGAGAGCUUUGAAGCACCAGAGGGGCCUGACAGUGAUAGCAAUGCAUCGACUGCACAUAAUGUGACAAGCAAUGUAAACAUUCUAAAAUCUGGUGCAAUGAGUGCACCUAAGACAGAGAACCAACUUUAUAAUUGUGAUAGUGGUGGUUUCUGCACCCCAGAAAACAGAUCGCUGUUUGCCCACAUGAAGUCACAUCUUUCAUCAGGUAACAAGGGCAAACACUCUCGGGAUCAUGUACAUGAAUCAACUGUUAAUAUCGUACCGGUAGCAAGUAAUGUUAACAUCACCGUGAAAACUGAGCUCUCGUCUGCAGAAGGCUCAAGGAAUGUAACUAAAGAAAAGUCACACAUUUUUAAGUGUGAUACUUCUGGUUUCUCUACCCAUGAAAAAAAAUCCUUGUUGGUCCACAAGAAUUCACAUCUGUCACUGAAAAGCAAGGGCAAACACUCUCAGGAGUCAAUGACAGCAUUUUUUGUUUGUCAUGAAUGUGACAGGAUUUUUGAUGACAUGACGGAGCUAGAUUUCCAUAAAAUUACUCAUGACAAACUAAGAACGUUUCAGUGUGAGAAGUGUGACAGAAGUUUUUGCACUAUUUGGAAUCUUAAACUACACAUUAAGAAACAUGAAAAUGAACUACCAUUUGAGUGUCACAUUUGUGAAUAUGCAGCCAUGCAACUCAUCACUUUAAAGAAACAUUUACUUAGACACAGGGAGCUGAAAAACAUUGUGUGUCAAGAAUGUGGUUACACAGCUAGAGUCAAGGCUCAUCUUGUUGUGCACAUGCGUAAGCACACUCAGGAAAGACCUUUUGGCUGCCAUCAGUGUGGCAGGCGCUUUAAUCAGAGAGCCCAUUUGAAGAAUCACAAAGCACGGAAGCAUGGAUUUUCCUAG